AUGGCUUCGUGCAUGUAUCGUGUGGGUGAUUACGUCUACUUUGAAGGAAAUCCAACAGAACCUUAUCUGAUUCGACGAAUUGAAGAAUUAAAUAAAACUCCAACUGGCAAUGUUGAAGCACGUGUUGCUUGUUUUUAUCGUCGUCGUGAUAUCUCUUCAUAUCUAGUCAACCAAGUUGAUCGUCUUAAAAUUGAUGUUCCAUGGGAAGAUGAUGAUGAAAUAACAAAUGAUCCUGGAUCAACAAAUGUAAAUGGACAACAAAUUGAAUUAACUGAUAUUCAAAAACAUCAAUUACGUCAUCGUGAAUUAUUUUUAACACGUCAAAAUGAAACAUUAUUAGCAACAAAUAUACGUGGAAAAUGUUUAGUUGUUUUACAUAAUGAAACUGAAACAUUUUCAUCAUAUCUUAAUUCUGAGGAUCUUUUUUUUUAUCAACUUGUUUAUGAUCCAAAUCAAAAAACUUUAAAUGCUGAUCGAGGUGAAAUUCGUGUUGGUGGAAAAUAUCAAGCUGAUGUAACAAUUCAACCAUUAUUGAAUGAUGAAAGUCAAGAUAUAUUAUCAUCAAGAGAAGAUUUAAUCUGGGAUGCAAAUGGUGGUUUAACAGAAAAACAAAUUGAACAAUAUUUAAUUGUUGCAAGAUCAAUCGGUACAUUUGCUCGUGCACUUGAUUGUCCAACAGCAUUAAAACAUCCAAGUCUUCAUAUGAGUGCAGCAUCAGCAUCACGUGAUGCAACAUUAUUUUUUGCAAUGGAUACAUUACAUAAACAUCAUUAUGAUUUAGCUUUAGCUACAUGUAGUUUAGUACCAAAUACAGGACCAAUACUUGUUAAAGAUCAAAUGGAAGAUUGGUCUGCUGCUGAAGCUAAUUCAUUUGAAGAUGCUAUUGAAAAAUGUGGAAAAGAUUUUCGUGAAAUACAAAAAGAAUAUUUACCAUGGAAAAGUUUAAAAGGUAUUAUUGAAUAUUAUUAUAUGUGGAAAACAACAGAUCGUUAUGUUGUUCAAAGACGUUUAAAAUUAGCUGAACAAGAAAAUAAAUUAAAACAAGUUUUUAUACCGAAUUAUAAUAAAGCACAUCAAUGUUUAUUACCACAACGAACACAAAAUGAAAAUAAACCAUGUGAAUCAUGUGGAACAACAUCAUCUUUGCAAUGGUAUCAAUGGAGUACAGCUCAACCACAUACAAGACUUUGUGCAGAAUGUUGGAUUUAUUAUAAAAAAUUAGGUGGUUUGAAAUAUUUAAAAAAAAGUGGUCCUGAUCGACGACAAGAGAGAGCUGCUAAUAUUACUAAAUUAAUUAGUUAUAAAUGUAAUGUUAAUGGUUGUGACAAGGAAUGUAAAAAUAAACCUGCUCUUCAACGUCAUUAUGCUGUAUCACAUGGAAUUAUGUUUCGUUCUGGUAGUCCACGUCCAUUAUCAAAACCACGUAGUACAUUUUCUUUAUAUACAACACCAUUAACACGUGUUGUUCGUCCAUUAUGUUCAAUUCGACAUCUUGCACGUUGUCCAUCAUUUAUAAUUGAUACUAAUGAUACAUUUCGUAAAUGGGAAAUAUUUAUUAAAGAAAAAUCAUCGUAUGAUAUUCGUAAUACAUGUACACAUCUUCGUGAUUUAUAUAAACAAAGAAAUGAACAAAAAAAAUAUAAACAUUUAAAUGAUUUAUUUCCAUAUAAAGAUGAGAAUGAAAUAAAUAAAACAUUCGAUGAUUAUAUGCCUAAAUCUGAAGAAAAAAUUGAUAAUGAAUUAAAUUUACCAUUACGUUAUCCAAAAUUACAAAAUGAUUCAGCAGAUUUUUAUACACAAUUUAAUCAUUCAAAUAUAAGUAUUAUGAAAAAACGUCCUUAUGAAUCAAAUGAAAGUUCAAAUGAAGGUCCAUCACCAAAACGAACAUUAAUUACUCGACAAAAUUUAAUUAAAAAUAAAUCACCUAGCACUGUAAAAUCAACUCGUUCACGUGCUUAUACUGUUCCAUUUGUUGAUCCUCCCGAUGGGAUUUAUUUACGUGUAACAAAAGAUAUUAAACGUUUAAGAAAAGAAAUUCCUCAAAAAGAAAUUCGUCGUAUUGCACGUGCACCAUGGAAAAAACUCAAUACAAAUUUUGUAUCGUAUGUUGAUGAUGAUAUUGUUGUAUUGGAUUAA